UUGGAUUAAAGCGAUUAAUUUAUUAGGCCUAAAUUUUAAUUCCUUCGAAAUUCAACAAGCGCAUAAAUCAUGGCAACGUCCGAUUCUUGGCCGAAACUGUUCACCUGGGUGGAUUAUUUUCUGUUUGCUUUGACUCUUGUCGUGUCUUCGCUAGUCGGAAUCUAUCACGCUUGGCGUGGCGCCAGCGGUUCGACCUCCGACUACCUGAUGGGUGGAAGAAAGAUGCCCAUCUUCCCCGUAGCCAUGUCUCUUGCCGCCAGUUCAUUUUCAGCUACGACACUACUCGGCGGACCUACAGACAUCUACACGAAUGGGACUAUGUAUCUGUGGUUCAUAUCUUCUGUUCUUCUUUGCACUCCGAUUGCGAGUUACAUCUAUUUACCUAUAUUUUACCGAUUGCAACUUGUUUCAGCAAAUCAGUACUUGGAGAUACGAUUCAAUCGUGUCAUUCGACGCAUUACUACGAUACUCUUUGUGGUGAAACAGUUGUUGUAUUUAUCGAUAGUGGCGUAUGGGCCUUCGCUGGCUCUUAGCCAAGUCACUGGAAUCAAUGCCUACGUAUCAGUUGGUAUUCUGUUCGGCGUUUGCACCUUCUACACAGCAAUCGGAGGAAUCAAAGCAGUUGUCUGGACAGACACAAUACAAAUUAUAUUGAUUUAUGGAUCAAUCAUCAUGCUACUAAUCAAAGGGGUGUCGGACGUUGGCGGUCUGGGAAUCGUUUGGGAGCGUAAUUAUAACUCUUCCCGCAUAGAACUCUUCAACAUUGAUACCGACCCUACAACUCCACAUACGGUUUGGUCGCUUGCCAUCGGUGGUUUAUUUUAUUGGUUGAGUUGGUAUGCAGUGGAUCAGACUGCCGUACAACGAUCACUCGCCAUGCCUUCACUACGCAGCGCCCAGAUAUCGAUGUGGAUUAACAUGGUCUUUGUGUGUGGGAUCAUUUUUCUCUGUGGAUGUGUCGGUUUAGUCAUGUACUCUAGAUAUUUUGAUUGCGAUCCUUUGACAUCCCAGGUGAUUAAUAAAGCAGACCAGAUAGUUCCUUUUUACGUUAUGGAUGUGCUUGGUGACUAUCCUGGUCUUCCCGGACUCUUUGUUGCAGGCAUCUUAAGCGGCGCUCUCAGCACAAUUUCAAGUGUCAUGAAUGCAGUGGCCCUUGUAGUUUAUGAAGAUUUCAUCCGGCCUUACUUUCCAAAUAUGCCGGAUCAAACCGCUACUCGUCUCGUUAAAGGAGUGUCUCUGCUAUUUAGCGGCCUCAGCUUCAGUAUGGUUUUCCUUGUUGCUCAAGUGAAGACCAUAUUAGACGCAACGGUGAGUUUUGAUGGAGCUGUGGCCGGAUCGAUCCUAGGCGUUUUCACUCUUGGUAUUUUCGUUCCGUUCGCCAAUCCUGCCGGGGCUGGAGUGGGCAUACUAACUGCCUUUGGAUUGAUGAUGUGGCUUCUACUGAGUACUCAGAUCGCCAAAUCCAGUGGGGUUGUUCAUAACAAUCAAAUGAAAUCUUUCAGCACCGAUAAUUGUCCUGCUUAUAAUGGGACUUUAAAUUCUUUUCAACUGAGCACAAACUUGCACAAUUUGACAAUUGCAAAUGAGCAAGAAGAAAUGCCCUUCAUUCUCUUGAGGAUUUCAUACUUAUGGUACACAGUGAUUGGAAUGCUGAUUGUCCUUACCCUUGGAACAUUUGUGAGUCUCGUAAGUCAAGCCAUUAACAUUAUUAGAAACAGUACACAACUCUCUACCGAGGAACUUAACGACGGUGUCGCUAAUAUUAAAAACAACUCGUCCACUGAGAUGGCUCAAGUGAACCAAGUCUUCGCCAUGAACGAAUUUUCUCAAUAGAUUCGAUUAGCGUCUUCAAUUUUAAA